CUGAUCUCAGGGAGGCUUUUAUAAUUUCCCCUCAAUUUCUCCGUCCCUACUCAUUUUGAUCAAUUUCUACGAAAAGCACGAAUCUUUAAACCCGGGACUGUCCUUGUAAUCGAGUGUGUCCUUGUACAAUAAUAACAAUCGAUGAAUUUUGUGGUGAGAUCCGGUGAGAGAUAGAUUUUAUAAUAAGGCAAAGAUUAGAUUACCCUUUGGGCGUAUCCUCCUUUUUUGUUCUGUGUGUGUGUGAUAUGGGUAACGUGAACGCGAGAGAAGAAGCGAAUAGUAACAACGCAUCUGUGGUCGAAGACGACGACGCUGAGAUUUGCUCUCGACAAGCCAUGGCUGCUGCUUCCGAUGGUAACCAUACCGCACCACCUGAGCUCAUGGGUCAAUCUCCUCCUCACAGCCCUCGAGCUACCCAAUCUCCUCUCAUGUUCGCUCCUCAGGUUCCGGUGCUUCCACUACAAAGACCAGAUGAAAUUCACAUCCCAAACCCGUCGUGGAUGCAAUCGCCUUCUUCGUUGUACGAAGAGGCUUGCAACGAGCAAGGAAUCCCAACGAUGAUCACAUGGUGCCAUGGAGGAAAAGAAAUCGCUGUGGAGGGAUCAUGGGAUAAUUGGAAGACAAGAAGUCGGCUGCAGAGAUCUGGGAAAGACUUCACAAUAAUGAAAGUGCUGCCUUCAGGAGUCUAUGAGUACAGGUUCAUUGUUGAUGGACAGUGGAGGCAUGCCCCUGAGCUCCCUUUGGCUCGAGAUGAUGCUGGAAACACUUUCAACAUUUUGGACCUCCAGGACUAUGUUCCUGAAGACAUUCAAAGCAUAUCUGGUUUUGAGCCUCCACAAUCUCCAGAGGCUAGUUACAGCAACUUGCUUCUGGGAGCUGAGGACUACUCGAAAGAACCGCCUGUGGUUCCACCGCACCUACAGAUGACGCUACUGAACUUGCCAGCAGCUAACCCUGACAUUCCAUCUCCGUUGCCGAGACCUCAGCAUGUCAUUCUCAAUCAUCUUUACAUGCAGAAGGGCAAAAGUGGUCCAUCUGUGGUUGCGCUUGGUUCCACUCAUCGGUUUCUAGCAAAGUAUGUAACUGUGGUGCUCUACAAGUCCCUGCAGAGGUGAGAAGAAGAUGAUGCCGAUUCCAAAUGGGUAGCAUGUGGAAACUCGACAUGCUCCUAUCUAGUUUGGUGUUUCAAAGUCUUAACUCAUGGAGAAUGGGUGAGGCUACUAUAGGAAGGAGACAUGCUAAGAAGAGUAAUUUCAGGCAAAGUAUUCCCUCAAUACGGCGAAUUUUGUUGUCUUUAAAGUUGUCAAUAAGGUUUACCAACAGAAUGAAGAUGCAGUAUUCAAUCAGUGUCAAUGUAAUCUUUUGGUUUGAAGACUUCAUCAUCUGUUUUUUUUUUUUUCUUUUAGCAUAAUUUAGAAAAGAAGAAUGCAGGAACUACUUCACUUGUAAAACCGGCAAAUCUUCUCUCUCUUUUUUUGGCUUUGUUUUGGGGCUUUCAAGUUUUCACAACA